GCGGGGGCGGAAUUUCAUUUCCUUUCUACUUGUCUUCAUCAUGCCGCCAAAAUCUCGAAAGAAAAAUGCAACUCCAUUGAACAUCAUGGUCACUGGGUUCUCUGGAGUUGGCAAAACAGCGUUUGUUCGAACCUUUUGCGAGACUUUAACUGAGCAGGACACCGACCCCAUUCCAGAAUUGACUGGUCCACUGUCAAAGACAGAAAAACCUUAUCCUGUGUCUCUGGAUUUUGACUAUGAAGGGGAGAGGAUUGCUUUGACUGUCAUCGAUACUCCGGGAUUUCAAGUCAAUACAUCGAUAGAAAAGAGCCUGCAGGAAAUAACAGAAUACAUUGAACAACAGUUUGAUCUUGCCAUUGCCGAGGAACUCAAAGUGAAGCGAAAUCCAAAAGCUGUAGAUACCCGAGUCCAUGCAUGUCUCUACUUUCUCGAUGCAAAUGACCGCUCACUCGGCGCUAACGACUUGGCGAUUUUGAAGAGACUUAGUACGCGCGUUAACGUUAUACCGGUCAUCAGCAAAGGCGACACGUUGACUAUUGCCCAAAAGGCGGUCAUCCAGCCCACCAUUAUGCACGAAAUUUUUGAUCGAUAUAAAAUUCCGAUCUUUGGGUACCCUGAUCUGGAUGAGGAUGAAGAAUUCGAGGUGCUGGAUACCGUACAGGAAGAGGAUGAAGAGGAAGAGGAAGCCGACACCGAGGAGCACAAUCUACCCAAUGGCCAGGAAAAGAAGUCCCAGAAUGCUGUUGAUCAGCAAUCUUCACUGUACGACGAGAUUUGUAACGAGACCGACGUUGACACUCUGGACGAGGAAACGCGAGGUCUUGUUGAGUAUCUUCGAAAAAGUCCCUACGUCCUGAUAUCAUACGAAGAAGAUCCCAGGACCGGCAGACCCAUCGUCAUCAAGGGAGAUCCAAACCGGCAGCAACACAUGGAUGAAGAGCAAAUGGCUAUGUCACCUCAGCCAGGCUCUUUGAAUACCAAUAUCAUUGGCCGACAAUACCCUUGGACUACUCUGGAUUGUCUCAAUCCUCAAUUCAGCGAUUUCUCGAUUUUGAAGACUCUAUUGCUCUCAACACAUCGCAAAUUGCUCAUCACGGAGACGGUCGAAAGGUUCUACGAAGGUUACCGAACCGAAAGACUGUUGCUCCGAAAGGCGAACAAGACCAUGAGUGUGGUUAUGGGUAAGAAGAUUCUGGAAGAGCUGCAUCACAUUUAACGAAGGUCCCCCCCUCCCCCAUAUACAGACGCCUCCCCAUAUGAGCUGUUACUCACCCUACUUUUCUAAAAGUUAAUGCCUGCUACUCUUUAUCUCUUACCCUUACAUCGCACUUGUUACCGAUUAAAUACCAACCUUAUUUUUUUUUUUUUUUUACA